GUUGAGGUGUAUAGUGUGCUCCGGUGGAGCGUCCGUGUGCCCUCAGUCUGAGCGCGGGAAUAAAGUUGGUGGAUUUAGUGCCUAGCCUGAAUGCAAGUGUUGUGGCGCUCCACAAGUGCUCCAGCUGACGGAGAAGACCGGUUGAGCUGGCUCUUCCCAGAUAUGAAUUCAUAAACGUUGAUUAUGGUUCUCAGAAGAUUGUCUAGAAUCCUUGAAGAAAAAUACGUGGAAGACAUUAGUUAAUUGGAAAAGAAGUUCCAAACCAACUGGGAGUGAAGUGAUAAAUGAAUAACUUGAAGCAUACAGGACAUCAUGGAAACAGAAGUUUGAAACGGGUGACAACAAGAAGUCAUUUUAAAGAUGAAUGAGAAAAAAUUGGAAACAACUUCCCAACAGCGGAAAAUUCCUGAAUGGAUGUCAGUGCAGAAUAAAGGAUGUAAUACAGAAGGAAAAAAGUCACGUAUUCAGAAGAGUGUUUUUGAAGAUGAUCUCUCCUUCUUAGAAUUCACGGGCUCAAUUGUAUAUAGUUAUGAAGCUAGUGAUUGCUCUUUCCUAUCAGAAGAUAUUAGCAAGAGUCUGUCUGCUGGAGAUGUGAUAGGAUUUGAUUUGGAAUGGCCACCACUAUACAGAAAAGGAAAACUAAGCAGAAUUGCACUGAUUCAAUUAUGUGUGUCUGAGGACAAAUGUUACUUGUUUCACAUUUCUUCUAUGUCAGUUUUUCCCAGGGGAUUAAAAAUGUUGCUUGAAAAUGAAAGAAUUAAAAAGGCAGGUGUAGGAAUCGAAGGAGAUCAGUGGAAACUGCUACGUGACUUUGACAUUAAAUUGAAGAGUUUCGUGGAAUUGACGGAUGUUGCCAAUCAAAAGUUGAAAUGUGCAGAGAUCUGGAGCCUCAAUGGUCUGGUUAAACAUCUCUUUGGUAAACAGCUUCUGAAAGACAAGUCUAUCCGCUGUAGCAAUUGGAGUAAUUUCCCUCUCAGUGAGGAUCAGAAACUGUAUGCAGCCACGGAUGCUUAUGCUGGUCUCAUCAUUUAUCGAAAAUUAGAAAGUUUGGGUGGUACCAUACAGAUGUUUGACACAAAUACAGUGAAGGAAAUCCUACCUAGUAAAAUGAAGCAACAGUUGACUGCAAUCUCAGAGGAGGUAAUGGAUCUGGCUGAGCAUUUUCCUGACACUUGGAGAAAACUGGAAAAUCCACAGAGGAUUCCUAUAAUAUUGAAAAAUAUUUCAGAAAAUCUAUAUUUGCUGAAGAAGAUAAUAUUUGCCUCUGCUAACACUGAACCUGACCUGAGGCCCAGCAGUAAUUUUAACUUACUCUCUCUGGAGGAUUCAACUGCUGAUGGAGAACAACAGAAACAAGCGAGGGAACAGAACAUUUUUACCAAUGUUAAAGAUGAGACAUGGGACACGACACUUGAUAAUUUAAUUAAACAUAGUGGAGAAGAUGUCCUUGGAAAUCCAAUUAAACAAGAAGAUGAUGGCUUUGAAGAUGGAACAAAAGACAAUAAAUUGAAAGAAAAUAUGGAAAGAACUUGUUUGAUGUCAUUAGAUAUUACAGAAUACGACCUCCAGAUUUUGGAACAGCAAGCUCAAGAAAAAGAUGUUAGUGAUGUCUCAUUUCAAUCUGAGCACUUAUCUCCCAGUAAUAAUGAAAAAGAUUCUUCUUAUACAAUUGAAAGUGAUGAGGAUUUAGAAAUGGAGAUGCUUAAGUCUUUAGAAAACCUAAAUAGUGAUGCUGUAGAAAGAAUUCAUUCUAAGUACUCAGAAACAAAAAGAAGUUUGAGUCUUCCUAUUAAAGAAGAUGACAAAAAUGAAGUCAUUGAAGAGGAAGAAGGUGAGGAUGACUGUUAUUUGCCAGAACCCACUGCAAAGCAAGUUAUUUGCCUCAAGACUUAUUUUGGCCAUCAUAGUUUUAAACCGGUUCAGUGGAAAGUUAUUCAUUCCGUUUUGGAAGAGAGAAGAGAUAAUGUUGUUGUCAUGGCAACUGGCUAUGGAAAGAGCUUGUGCUUCCAGUACCCACCCGUUUACUUAGGAAAGAUUGGCAUUGUCAUCUCACCUCUUAUUUCCUUGAUGGAAGACCAAGUGGUCCAACUUGAAAUGUCCAACAUUCCAGCCUGUUUCCUUGGAUCAGCACAAUCAAAAAAUCUUCUAGAAGAUGUUAAAUUAGGCAAAUACCGGAUUAUUUAUAUAACUCCAGAAUUCUGUUCAGGUAACUUAGAUCUACUCCAGCAACUUCAGGCUAAUAUUGGUAUCACACUAAUUGCUGUGGAUGAAGCUCACUGUAUUUCUGAGUGGGGACAUGAUUUUAGAAGUUCAUUUAGGACCCUGGGCUCCCUAAAGACAGCACUCCCAUUGGUUCCAAUAGUUGCACUCACUGCUACUGCAAGUUCUUUAAUCCAGGAAGAUAUUAUACGUUGCUUGAAACUGAACAAUCCUCAGAUUACCCGUACUAGUUUUGAUCGACCAAAUCUGUAUUUAGAAGUUGGACGGAAAACAGCGAAUAUUCUUCAAGAUCUACAGCCAUUUCUUGUCAAAAAAACUAGUUGUGAAUGGGAAUUUGAAGGUUCAACUAUUAUCUAUUGUCCUUCCAGAAAAAUGACAGAACAAGUUACUGCUGAACUUAGGAAACUAAAUUUAGCCUGUGGAACCUACCAUGCAGGCAUGAGUUUUCACACAAGGAAAGAUGUUCAUCACAGGUUCAUGAGAGAUGAAAUUCAGUGUGUCAUAGCUACUAUAGCUUUUGGAAUGGGCAUUAAUAAAUCGGACAUUCGCAGAGUGAUUCAUUAUGGUGCACCUAAAGAAAUGGAAUCAUACUACCAGGAAAUUGGUAGAGCUGGCCGUGAUGGACUUCCAAGUUCUUGUCAUAUACUCUGGGCUCCAGCAGACUUUAACUUAAAUAGGCACCACUUUAUGGAGAUACAUAAUAAAAACUUUCGAUCCUACAAAUUAAAGAUGGUGGCAAAAAUGGAAAAAUAUCUUCGUUCCAGCAGAUGUAGGCGGCAGAUCAUCUUGUCUCAUUUUGAAGACAAAAAACUACGAAAAACCUCCUUGGAGAUUAUGGGAACUGAAAAAUGCUGUGAUAAUUGCAGGUCCAGAGUGACUCAUUGCUAUUCUAUUAAUGAUUCAGACGAUACAUCACAAGAUUUUGGUCCACAAGCUUUCCUUCUGUUAUCUGCUGUGGAUAUCUUUCAGGGAAAGUUUGGAAUUGGGAUUCCUAUUUUGUUUCUCCGAGGAUCUAAUUCUCAACGUCUUCCAGAUAAAUAUCGGAAACACAACCUUUUUGGUGCUGGCAAGGAUCAAACAGAGAGUUGGUGGAAGGCAUUUUCCCAUCACCUCAUGACUGAAGGAUUUUUAGUAGAUGUUCCUGGUAGCAGCAAAUUUAUAAAAAUGUGCACCCUUACAGUGAAGGGUAGGAAUUGGCUUGUUAAAGCCACAACAGAAUCUCCUCAGAGACUUAUACUUGAAGUUAAUGAAGAAAUGCAUCCAAAGAAGUUUCUCCUGCCAAGUUCUCAUACAGUAUCUUUGGGCAUUGAACACCAUUCCUCUAAUCAAAUACCAAUUGAAUUAACUGCAGAGAAGCAGUCUACCUUGGAGAAGAUGUAUUCUUAUAAAGCACAUGAUAAACUGUCUUUUGGAGUUAACAUUCUUAAGAAAAGUAUCAUGAUGCAGUUACCAGAAAACACUUAUGACUCCUCAGAACCUGUUAUGUCAGCCCAGGAGCAGAAGACCCAGACUGAAUUGUAUGUCAAAUUAGUAGAAGCUAGGCAGAGGCAUGCCAAUAAAAUGGAUGUUCCUCCAGCUAUUCUGGCAACAAAUAAGAUAUUGGUGGAUAUGGCCAAAAUGAGACCAACUACAGUUGAAAAUGUAAAACAGAUUGAUGGUGUUUCUGAAGGCAAAGCCACCAUGUUGACCCCUCUGUUAGAAGUCAUCAAGCAUUUCUGCCAAGAAAGUAAUAUUCAGACAAACCUUCUUUUAAGUAUAAAACCUCAAGAAGAACAGAAGAAAAGUCUAGACGUGAAGGAUGAAAAAUGCUCCGUGUCACAGGCUGUGGCUGUCACAUAUUCUCUAUUCCAAGAAAAGAAAAUGUCUUUGAACCGCAUAGCCAAGGAAAGGAUUCUGCCGCUCACAGUGGUUGGCCUGCAUUUAGCCCAAGCAAUGAAAGCUGGCUACUCCCUGGAUGUGGAGCGAGCAGGGCUGACUCCAGAGGUUCAGAAGAUUAUUGCUGAUGUUAUCCGAAACCCUCCUGUCAACUCAGAUAUGAGUAAAAUUAAACUAAUUAGAAUGUUAGUUCCUGAAAAUAUUGACACCUACCUUAUCCACAUGGUAAUUGAGAUACUGGAAAGUGAUCGUGGCCACACAGUCUUAUGCCAGCCUUCAUGUGACUCCAGCAAAAAGAGAUGUUUCCCCAACUCUGAAGAGAGCUCUUCAAGUUCUAAGAGAAGCAAGGAAGAAAUAGGCACAAAUACCAAGGCUGAUGAAAAACAUCUUGAUAAUUUUUCACUGAAAGACAAAUGCCAUGGAACUUCAUUAAAAGUAGCUUCUUGGAAUCAGCCAUCUGAUGAUGCAAAACUAGAAGAUUUAUUUUCAGAUUCUCAUUCACAGAUGUCAUCCAAAACCUCAAAAAGAAACUUACCUGAGUGGUUCACCAAAGGAAAUGAGACCAUACUCAUGACCAGCAACAAACCAGUGACCAAAACAAAAAAGAAAGGUCUUUUUAGUUAAGUUGGCAGUUACCAGAACAAUGUUGUGUAUCUUACUAUAUAAGAGCUAUAUUUCAUUUCUAAAGAGAGAAGUCAUUUUAUCUUAAAAAAUAUUGUAAUCUCAAAGUAAACUUACCUAUAUAUUGAAGCACCAUCAAUCCUCUAUAGUUCAGAUAAACUAUUUGGGUCUUCUAAGAACCUAACUGCUUAUAUCGUACAAUAAUAGAAUAUUAAAUUAGAUUUUCUGCAAAUUACUUUGAAGAACUCUGUUACUGCCCUGUUUUUUAUUCUCUUUAUUUAUUGCAAAAGUGUAUUUGGAAAAUGUAAUGUGUGGUAAUUUAAUAAAAGUAAUACAUAGGUUGUAUAGUGACUAUAGGAUAUACAAUACUCAUUACCAAAAUUUGUUUUGUAAGAAAGCAUAGUUAUUUUACAAAUUGUCUUUACAAGCCAUUUUUGUAGCAUUGUUAGAUGGUAUUAGUCAACCAGAUCAAUGAAAAUAGAGCAAUAUUUUGAAUUUUAAUUGAGUGGACAAAAACAAUGUAAUAAACAGGAAUUCUGAUUGUGAUUGGCAACUAUACAAUUUGUAUUUUCUACACAGCUCUAUUAUUUUUCUAAUAAUAAAAUGAUGAAUAUAAUUCUCACUGAAUAUUAUAAAGAUCCAUGUAGUAUAUUUUCACUUAAAGUAUCUUGUUUUAUUUGAGGACGUCAGAAUUUGAUUUGACUUUCUUUUACAUAGCUCAGAUAUCUAAAACUCAUUCUCUGACUUAGAAUUGGAUUAACAAUGGUUGUAACUUUAAGCAGUUUGCUAUACAGUUUAUACAUUCCAAAGCCUUUAACUUUUAUGUAAAUAAAAAUAACUUUUUAAUAAAAAGAAGUGCAAGUUUGUUGCAGAACUAGAAAUCCAAAGAGGUAAGGAAAACAAAGCAAACCAUCAUAAUCAAACAUAGUUCCUCUAACACAUACUCAGUCUUUUUGUAUAUCCUGUCAAACCUUUGCAUAUUCACUUGU